AUUCACCCGCUUAGUUUUCCUGGAUUGAAUUGGUUUUAAAUGUUUGGGGUCGAAUUAACAUUUUAAGGUACUUUGUGAACGUGAAUAUUAGUUUAGCUUGAGACGUAUUGUAUAGACAAUGGGGAGGCGAAGUAUGAAGAACAAACAAUCAGGAGGUAAAUCUGGCGGAUCCAACGUGAAGCAGAGUAAUGGAAAUGGGAAUAGCCCAAGAGCUUAUGACAAGGACACUGCAGUCUUCAUUUCUAUGUCACAUGACCUGAAGGAUGAAGGAAAUAAGUUGUUUCAAAAGAGGGACCAUGAAGGAGCUAUGUUGAAAUAUGACAAGGCAAUAAAAUUGCUCCCCAGAAAUCAUACAGAUGUAUCCCAUCUGCGGAGUAAUAUGGCUGCGUGUUAUAUGCAGAUGGGCCUGAGCGAGUACCCUAGGGCUAUCCAUGAGUGCAAUUUAGCUCUUGAAGUCACCCCUAAGUACAGUAAGGCACUCUUGAAGAGAGCUAGGUGUUAUGAGGCUCUGAAUAGGUUGGAUUUGGCCUUGAGAGAUGUUAAUUCAGUGCUGAAGAUGGAGCCUAACAAUCUUAUGGCAACUGAGAUUUAUGAAAGGUUGAAAAGAACAAUAGAGCAAAAAGGUUCGACUGCAAAUGACAUUCCUGUAGAUCUGGUCCCAUUUCCUGAAUCUGUUGAACCACCUUUUACUUCAGAUCCAAUAGAGAUUUUGAAAGAGAAAGUCCAAAAGAAGAAAAUCAACAAAAUAGAAGAAAAGAAGGUAGGUGACAAGAAUGAAGGAGCGGAAGGUGCUAUAGAAGUUGAAAAGAAUUCUGAGCCGGAGAUUAAUGCAACAGAGACUGAGAGCAAAUUUGAGGAGGAAGUUGAGGACAAGAUCGAGGAGAAGAAAGCUGAAGAUAAAUUGGUGGUGGAGGAAAGAAGAACUAGCAUCACUGAUAAAGAGCCUAAGCAGACAAUAAAAUUAGUGUUUGGAGAAGAUAUAAGGUGGGCCCAGAUUCCUACUAAUUGUAGCAUUUUGCAGCUAAGGGAGGCUAUAAGUGACCGGUUCCCAAUAUCGAGAGCUGUUCUUAUGAAAUACAGGGACCAAGAAGGUGAUUUGGUCACAAUCACUAAUACUGAGGAACUAAGGUUGGCUGAAGCAGCUGCUGAUCACGGUUCUUUCAGGUUGUAUGCCGUGGAAGUUAGUCCAGAGCAAGAUCCAUUUUAUGAGAAGGUAAAAAGGAAAGAAGAGAUGCACACACUUGACAUUAAAGAAACCCAAAAGAUGCAAAAUGGAAAUUUGGGAAGAAGUAUGGAGUUUCUAAAUAGACCAUUUUGUAUUGAGGAUUGGAUCAUCCAGUUUGCUUACCUAUUCAAGAACUAUGUUGGAUUUGAUCCUGAUUCUUACUUAGAUCUGCAUGAGCUUGGAAUGAAGCUCUACUCUGAGGCUUUGGAAGAGACAGUCACAAGUGAAGAGGCACAAGACCUGUUCAACAUGGCUGCUGAGAAGUUUCAGGAGAUGGCUGCUUUGGCUUUGUUCAACUGGGGGAAUGUACAUAUGUCAAGGGCCAGGAAGAGAGUUUACCUCACUGAAGAUGCUUCAAGGGAGUCUGUGUUAGAGCAGGUGAAAAAUGCAUAUGGUUGGGCACAAAAGGAAUACUCCGCAGCUGGUAAGAAAUAUGAAGAAGCACUUCUUAUCAAGCCAAAUUUCUAUGAAGGCAUUCUAGCUCUUGGGCAGCAACAGUUUGAGCAGGCAAAACUUUCAUGGUAUUACGCGAUUGGGACAAAUGUUAAUUUGGAAUUGUGGCCUUCUACAGAAGUUCUUCAGCUUUACAACAAUGCUGAGGAAAAUAUGGAAAGGGGUAUGCAGAUGUGGGAGGAAGCAGAAGAACUGCGUUUAUUUAAUCUGCACAACCCAAAUAAAAUCAAAGCCAUGUUGCAGAAAAUGAAGUUGGAUGACAUGUUCACGGACGUGUCAGAAGAUGAAGCUACCGAGCAGGCAACAAAUAUGAGGUCUCAGAUAAAUCUGUUGUGGGGUACCAUGCUUUAUGAAAGAUCAAUAAUGGAAUUCAAGCUAGGGCUUCCUGUUUGGCAAGAAUGUUUGGAGGUUGCUGUAGAAAAGUUUCAACUUGCUGGGGCUUCUCCAACAGAUAUUGCUGUUAUGAUAAAAAAUCACUGUUCCAAUGAUACUGCAUCAGAAGGCUUGGGAUUCAACAUUGAUGAGAUAGUACAGGCAUGGAAUGAGAUGUACGAAGCAAAAAGGUGGCAGAGCGGUAUUCCUUCUUUUCGCCUGGAACCAUUGUUGAGGCGACGAGUUUCUAAGCUUUUUUAUGCCCUUGAGCAUGCAUAAGCUUUUGCUGAUUGCACUCCUUGGGAAGCUGAAAAGACUUUUUAAACUACUCGUCACUGUUAUCACUCUAGUGCUUGCAGACCAUGUAAGUUGUAGCAUGCUAAUGAUAUUACUUGCAUACUCAGAGAAUUUUCUAACUGUAUAUUUUGCUGUUAUCCCUUGGUGGUGAUAUUUUCUAACUGUACAUUUUAAUGUUAAUCAUACUCUUCACGAAUAUCUCACUGUUAUGUAGGUAACCAAAAUUUUGGACUCAUAACCGCAUGUAUGACUGAUUGUUCCCCGUUAUUUUAAAGCCAUGGAUUAAAAGCCAUUGGAGGUGCAUUUUUAUUUCCAUUGUCAAACCUCCACUUUUUGGUGCCUAAGGGAACUUAGACUCACUGCUGUGUAAUCUGCUCAAACUAGAUGUGGAAUGCAGUAUCAGUCUAGUUGUAUAAUUUUCGCCACUGAUUAAACGAGAGAAGCAUUUUUUUACAUGACCAUAUUUCCGCCAAUAUUCCUACUAUAUCAGGCAGGUGUAUAAUUUUCAGUCCUUACAAAUUUUUUUUCCCCCAUGCCAUUCUAAGAUUUGAAAAUGGGAACAGGGCCUGAAAUAUAUAAAACAUUUGACUUCUGAGGCUAGUCUAAAUCAGUGCUGUGUGCAAGAUAAUUUUCAAAGCAACGCUUGCUAUGCAUUUUAAAUGCUAUAGUCCUGUGUAGACUAUGAUUGCCAAACUAAUGGAACACCAUGAAAAAGAACCGGAAGCUGGUAAAACGCUUGUCUAGUCGUAUGUUAAACUAUUCAACAAGGCCUAAAUCUUUUUUAUGGCAGCGGUGUAGUAUAAUAGAAGAUCGAGAGUAAUUCUGAACAUGGCAACUUGCUAAUCGGUUAGGUUGCAUUUGUGACGAUAUGGGGACUUGAUGAAAUCAUGCCUUCUCUUUCCAUCUUUCAUUUUCUGCAUUUGUUUGCAUCUAAAAGUAUAUGAAAAUCCUUGAAAUCAAAUCUUAAGUGGAAAACCCAACAGAUUAUUACCAAUCUACGCAUGCAACUGUGUUGACGUUCGGCUAAUGCAACGAGAAUUGGAGGUCAAUUCUUGUAUGCUGUAGAGGAAUUGUAUGCAUUCACAGGAGAAUAUUGACAUCCAUUAACAUUAUCACUGAAGAUUUGUUGGAGCUCCUGGUCAAGUUCGCACAUGCAAUGCUAUAUACUCUAGUAGUCUAUGUGAAUCAUUAUGUGGAGGACAGAACUGCUGACGCAUCAGCAUGUUGUUAAACUUGUAAUUCUGAUUAUAGCAAGGAACUUGGUCACAAUUUCAGAAUUACUGCAUGAAUCCUGGAAAGGAAGAGCUUGUCAUCAUUUUUACAUAGGAAAAAUGCUAAAAAUCAACAGUUGUCAGGAUGGUCUCCUCCUAUGCUUACAUAAAUCAUAUGUUAUGUAUAGGUCGCUCGUAUUGUCAGCAAGUUGUUGUUGCCUAACGUUUUGUAUGUUUUGAGUCUAAGAUUGAUUUUUCUGUUUGCAUUUGACAUCACGUUUGUUGCUUACGCUGAUACAUGGACCAAAUCAUGCUGCAGGUUUUUUAUGCUGUAUCAGCUGUUGCUGCCCACAGCUCUUGUAUCCACUUGGAAAAUGCAUCCCAAUAGUAUGACAGCCAUGUUUUUGUAUCUCACAUAGGACGACGACCUUUUUUGUUUCAUUCUUGGGCAAGAUGUAGUGGCAGAGAUUUCGUUUUUGCUUUGUUUCUGCUCGGCCAUCUUUGCCUCUCCGUUAUCAGUUCAUCAUGACCCUUUACUCCUUUAGAUAGUUAGUGUCUCUUUUUUCUUUUUUCUUUUUUUUUUUUUUAAAUUUUUUUUCUAUAGAGUGUGAUUUUGCUGGUUUGUCAUUCUUGACCUACAAAAUGUCGGUUGUUGUAAUGCAGUGUGCAUAUCAGUGUGUGGGAAAGAAAAGACAGUUGUACUAAAUUCAUAGGAUGAGUAUAGACAUAUCUUCUUAUAUAUUAUUCGGUUAUUUUAA